UGUGUGUGUGUGUGUGUGUGUGUGUGUGUGUGUGUGUGAUCUCGUGCUGUCAUGCUCAAACAUCGCGAUACGAGUCUCGCUGGAGUUGAAGUUUUGCGGCUCUUUCGUGUCCGAGAGUGAAGCGCUAACAGUGAUGAUGAAGAUGAAGAAGAUGAUGAAGAUGCUGCUGCUGCUCGGCUGGUGUUGUGGACUGGUGUGUGCUGGUCAGAAUCGCUCGGAUCCUCGUGGUCAGACAGGGUUUCCAGUCCUAUCGAUUAAUUAUGAUUAUGUUCAGAUGCCGUUCGAGGUCUCGCUGUGGAUUCUGCUCGCGUCACUAAUGAAACUGGGCUUCCACCUGCUCCCGGUUCUGUCUGGUGUGGUUCCUGAGAGCUGUCUGCUGAUCGUGGUGGGGCUGUUGGUGGGGGGUCUGAUCCGAGUGAUGGGGAAGAACCCACCGGUGCUCGACUCACAGCUCUUCUUCCUGUGCCUGCUGCCGCCCAUCAUCCUGGACGCUGGCUACUUCCUGCCCAUCCGGCCCUUCACCGAGAACGCCGGCACCAUCCUGACCUUCGCGGUGCUGGGGACGCUGUGGAACGUCUUCUUCAUGGGAGCGGUGCUGUAUGGAGCCUGUCGUCUGGAGGCUGGCCGUCUGGCAUCUGUUGACCUGCUGUCCUGCCUGCUGUUCGGCUCCAUCGUGUCUGCCGUGGAUCCGGUGGCCGUUCUCGCCGUCUUUGAGGAGAUCCACAUCAACGAGCUGCUGCACAUCCUGGUGUUCGGAGAGUCUCUGCUGAACGACGCUGUGACUGUGGUCCUGUAUCAUUUGUUCGAGGAGUUUGCUCACGCGGGCGAGGUGACGGUGGGUGACGUGUUUCUGGGCGUGGUGUGUUUUUUCGUGGUGGCUCUGGGUGGAGUGAUGGUGGGCGGCGUGUACGGUGUGCUGGCGGCCUUCACCUCACGCUUCACGUCACACACGCGUGUGAUCGAGCCCCUCUUCGUCUUCCUCUACAGUUACAUGGCGUACCUGUCAGCCGAGGUCUUCCACCUGUCCGGCAUCAUGGCGCUCAUAGCGUGUGGCGUGGUCAUGCGGCCCUAUGUGGAGGCCAACAUCUCCCACAAGUCCUACACCACCAUCAAGUACUUCCUGAAGAUGUGGAGCAGCGUGAGUGAGACCCUGAUCUUCAUCUUCCUGGGUGUGUCGACGGUGGCUGGGCCGCACACCUGGAACUGGACCUUUGUGAGCAUCACCAUCGUCCUGUGCCUGGUGUCCAGGGUUCUGGGUGUGGUCGGUUUAACGUACAUCAUUAAUAAGUACCGUAUGGUGAAGCUGAGUGGUAAGGAUCAGUUCAUCGUGGCCUACGGUGGACUGAGGGGCGCCAUCGCCUUCUCUUUAGCCUUUCUACUGUCCAGCGACGACUUUCCCAUGAAGGACAUGUUUCUGACAGCCAUCAUCACCGUCAUCUUCUUCACUGUGUUCGUGCAGGGAAUGACGAUCCGACCCCUCGUUGACCUUCUGGCUGUCAAGAAGAAGAAACAAAGCAAAUGCUCAAUAAAUGAGGAGAUUCACACUCAGUUUCUGGAGCAUCUGCUGACUGGAAUCGAGCGUGUGUGUGGACACUAUGGACACCGUCACUGGAGACACAAGCUGGAUCGCUUUAAUAAACGCUACAUCAAGCGCUGUCUGAUCAGAGGAGAGCGAUCGCAGGAGCCACAGCUCAUCUCCUUCUACAACAAGAUGGAGCUCAAACAGGCUCUGAUGCUGCUGGAGAGCAAUAGUUCAGCCAAUCUGAGCGCAGGAGACACUGCAGCCGCACCGUGACGCAGCCGGAAAACGCUCAACAUCUCUAAAGAACGAGAAGAAGAAAUCAGGAAGAUCCUGCGAGCAAACCUGCAGAAGACCCGACAGAGACUGCGCUCGUACAGCCGACACACACUGAUGCCCGACGCUGAGGACGAGGACGAGGCCUGGAGCGAGACACGGAUCAGGAAGCGCGUGCAGAUGGACAGAAGAAUGAGCUUCCUGACGCUUCCUGCUCUUCGAGAGUCUCCUGCGGUGAGAAGAUCACGGGUCGAGUCCGAUGUGAUGCUGAUGUCUCCGGCAGACAGACCCAGCGUCCUCUUCACCCUCGCCGAUGAGAGAUUGGAGAGCCGAGGACACAAGCCCAGCGUGACGUUCUGUCUGGAUGUGGAGGAGCAGCCGCUGCCUCGAUGUGUGAGUGAUCCUGGAGCAGAUCAGCUGCUGGAGGAGGACGAGAGCAUCCAUCAGAGACACUGAGAGCGCUGGACCAACUCUGUGUCUGUGGAAGUGAUUCAACUACUGCUUCUAGUGAUGCGAGUGUGUGAGGAUGAUC